CUCUCUCAGUUCCUCUCCCACUAAAAAUCUCUCUCUCUUUGUCUCUCGCCCACCACUGCAUUUUACGCCGAGUCUUUGUUUUCAGAGACUCACAGACACUUGCUCGAAGCAGCUCGAGCCCUCGGAAGCCCUGAAAAAAAAAACCCAAAGCUCUCUCUUUCUUUCUCUCUCUCUCUCUGCUACAAUGAAUUGCGCAAUCUCCGGCGAGGUGCCGGAAGAGCCCGUGGUCUCCAGGACUUCCGGAUUGCUCUUUGAGAAGCGUUUAAUCGAGAGACAUAUCUCUGAUUAUGGAAAAUGCCCAAUAACUGGGGAACCACUUACUAUGGAUGACGUUAUUCCAAUCAAAACAGGCAAGAUAGUGCGGCCCAGACCUGUUCAAGCUGCUAGCAUCCCUGGCAUGCUUGGAAUGUUUCAGCAUGAAUGGGAUAGUUUGAUGUUAUCCAACUUUGCAUUGGAGCAACAACUUCAUACGGCAAGGCAGGAGUUAAGUCAUGCUUUAUACCAGCAUGAUGCUGCUUGCCGUGUGAUUGCAAGACUAAAAAAGGAAAGGGAUGAAGCAAGAUCAUUACUUGCUCAGGCUGAGAGACCAUUGCCAGCAUCAACAGGAGUUGCUGUAAAUGCCUCUGCCCUUAGCAAUGGGAGAACAGCACCUGAUGAUGAAUUGGGCCCUGCUGGGACGAAAGUACGUCCUGGAAUAUCUGCCAACAUCUUUAACGAGUUAACUGAAUGUAAUGCUGCUCUUUCACAGCAGAGGAAAAGGCGGGAGAUACCGCCAACAUUGGCUCCUAGUGAGGAUAUUGAGAGGUACACCCAGAUAUCUAGUCAUCCCUUACAUAAAACGAACAAACCAGGCAUAACAUCCAUUGAUAUUCAUCAAAAGAAGGACAUCAUUGCAACUGGUGGUUUUGAUACAAAUGCUGUCAUAUUUGACCGGUCAUCUGGACAGAUAUUAUCUACUCUUAGUGGUCAUUCAAAGAAGGUUACUAGUGUAAAAUUUGUAGCUCGAGAUGAUUUCUUCUUAAGUGGUUCAGCAGACAAGACAGUGCGAAUAUGGCAAGGAUCUGACGAUGGAAACUAUAACUGCAGCCACAUCCUGAAAGAUCAUGAUGCUGAGGUGCAAGCUGUCACAGUUCAUGCCACAAAUAACUACUUUGUGACUGCUUCUCUUGACAACACAUGGUGCUUCUAUGAACUUUCAUCGGGAUUAUGUCUUACACAGGUCAAUGACCCUUCAGGAACAGACGGCUAUACAUCUGCAGCUUUUCAUCCAGAUGGUCUCAUCCUUGGAACAGGCACCACGGAGGCUAUUGUUAAAAUCUGGGACGUAAAAAGUCAGUCAAACGUUGCCAAAUUCGAUGGACAUGCUGGGGCAGUAACUGCCAUAUCUUUUUCAGAAAAUGGUUACUUCCUUGCGACUGCAGCUAGUGAUGGUGUGAAGCUUUGGGAUCUACGAAAGUUGAGGAACUUCAGGACAUUUGCUCCAUAUGGUCCAGAUACACCAACGAAUUCUGUUGAAUUCGACCAUAGUGGAUGCUACCUUGGCAUUGCGGGGUCAGAUAUAAGAGUUCACCAGGUUGCCACUGUUAAAGCUGAAUGGAAUGUCAUCAAAACUUUCCCUGAUUUGUCUGGCACAGGUAAAAUUACAUCUGUAAAGUUCGGUCCAGAUGCAAAAUACAUUGCAGUAGGAUCAAUGGACCGAAACCUCCGUAUUUUUGGCCUUCCUGGGGAUAAUGAUGCAAUGGAGUCUUGAAGCACCUUAAAUUUGCCCAAAUCUAGCUUGCUAUAAUGGUUUUGCAUUACUUGUAAUUGCUGUUACUCCUUUUGCUGAUUCAAAUUUGUUGGCUUGAAGUAAUCUUGUGCAAUUAAAUCGACAAUGUUGGCCGUGUUCUCUUCCAAAAUUAUGGGCAGAGGAUCUGGCCUAUGAGCGGUACUACAUUCGGGCAUAUUAUAUAUUGCAACUUCAUCUUCAGCACGCCCAGCAUUGAAAGUUCUCGGCAUGAGUCAGUUUUUUUUUUUUCUUUGGAUUGAGCUUCUGUUGGUAGUUGUUAUUACUGCCUUGCUAUUAGAUUUAUUGCCUUAAAAUGUACUAUUGUCCCCUAAUGUUAACUACAUUUAUGUACUGGUUACUGGUUAGGCCUCCUAGUUUCUACAAUGCUGUUUGAACUAAUUAAAUUCAGUUCUAAUUCCAUGCACUGAAUACCAAUUUUACUUUUGACGA